AUGUUGUUGGCUCCAGACCCGCAUUUUGUGAACAGCUGCUUUAAAGAGCACAGGUAACUGGAGGAUUGAUUUAAGCCUUUCCUCCUCAAGGUCAUAGCCGCGGUCUAGAGAGGCAACCUUGCUGGGCAGCCAGACCUUUCCUGGUUCUGUCUCUCCCCACUCAGUAUCUGCCAGAGUGUCUGUGGCUGGCCAUGUCUUAAUAUACCACACACCACAUUCUAGAGACCAAAUGGUAAUAGCGGGGGAACCUACGCCUCUCUGCCCUCUCCCCAUGCAUUAACCAGUUACCAUCCAGAGGUCCAGGACCUUGAACAGUAGAUGGCAUCUUCCCUCCUACAUCCAGAUGCCAGUCCUUGAGAGUAUCUGCUCCGAAUCAGGCUUAAGGGAGGAGCCCAGACGCAAGAAUAUUGAGUGUCAGCAAGAAAUCUAUCGAAACAAGUUUGUCACGUCAGUAGUUUUCAAAGUGUGACCCUUGGAUCAUCAUCAUCACCAACCAUACAAAUUCUUGAUCCUCACUCCAUUAUCGGAAACUGAGAUUGGAACCUAGUCAUGUGUAACACGCCCUCUGAGUGUUUCUGUUGCUGGCUUAAAAUAUAGACAUACAGGAAAUACCCCCUCCCACCCCACAAGUUCAAGAACUCCUGAUGUGGACUGUUUUCCUUUCUUACCUGUGGACGCCAGAGAUGCCCACAGCAUCAGUACCCUCACAAAGGCUUCCCUGUAGGGCCUCAGCGCCCGACAGGAAACAGCUAGACCACCUCGGUAGAAUCUGCCAUUCGUAUGCGGGAUUUUCUGACUGUCUCUGGCAUGGCAGGGUGCUGGAGGUAGACCAUACCAGCCCUCAGACGCACAGACCCUGGCAGGAUCGCCUCGGGCUGGGGAAGGAGAUGAUGUGGACCGGUUUUCUGGGGUACCCGGCUGGCGUCCCGCCCUGCGUUCCUGCGUAAACAGGCGGUUCCCUCAGCAACGCCUGGAACCCACGUCAAGGUUCUACCAGCGCGGGGUGGUGACCGCCCCGUUUCGGCCGAGCCCCACCCACUCCUCGCGGCGGCCGCUUGGGUCCGCUCAGCCCUUCACCCUGCUGCGGGAUGAGCAGAGCGGCGACCUGCGCGGUGCCCCAUGGAGGAGCAGGAGCGGCCCCCCGGCCGCCCGCCCGCGAGCGUGGCCUUACCAGGCAGCGCUCAUCCGGGCGGGGCGGCUUCCACGGCCACCGCGGCCGCGCUGUCGUUCAGCGCCGUCGCCACGGUAACGCUGGGAAACCAGAGUGAUGCGGGCCGGCCGGAGCCGGCGGGGUCUCGGGGACCUGCGCCGCUGCUGUGGCACGGGGCGGCGGUGGCCGCCCAGGCGCUCGUGCUCCUGCUCAUCUUCCUGCUGUCUAGCCUGGGCAACUGCGCGGUGAUGGGGGUGAUCGUGAAGCACCGGCAGCUGCGCACGGUCACCAACGCUUUCAUCCUGUCGUUGUCCCUGUCCGACCUGCUCACCGCGCUGCUCUGUCUACCCGCCGCCUUCCUAGACCUGUUCGCGCCUCCCGGAGAUUCGGGGCCCUGGCGCAGCUUCUGCGCCGCCAGCCGCUUCUUCAGUUCGUGCUUUGGCAUCGUGUCCACGUUCAGCGUGGCGCUCAUCUCUCUGGACCGUUACUGCGCCAUCGUGCGUCCGCCGCGGGAUAAGCUGGGCCGGCGACGCGCUCUGCAGUUGCUGGCCGGAGCCUGGCUGGCGGCGCUCGGCUUCUCGCUGCCUUGGGAGCUGCUUCGGGCGCCCCGGGAGCCCCCUGCUCCGCAGAGCUUCCACCGCUGCCUUUACCGGACCUCCCCAGACCCCGCGCAGCUGGGCGCCAUCUACAGCGUGGGGUUGGUGGUGGCCUGCUACCUGCUGCCCUUCCUGCUGAUGUGCUUCUGCCGCUACCACAUCUGCAAGACCGUGCGCUUGUCGGACGUGCGCGUGCGGCCGAUGACCACCUACGCGCGCGUGCUGCGCUUCUUCAGCGAGGUGCGCACGGCCACCACCGUGCUCAUCAUGAUUAUCUUCGUCAUCUGCUGCUGGGGCCCCUACUGCUUCCUGGUGCUUCUGGCAGCGACUCGGCAGGGUCAGGCCACUCAGGCCCCCUCCUUGCUCAAUGUGGCGGCUGUCUGGCUGACGUGGGCCAAUGGGGCUAUCAACCCUGUCAUCUAUGCCAUCCGCAACCCCAACAUUUCCAUGCUCCUAGGGCGCAAUCGUGAGGAGGGUUACAGGACUAGGAACAUGGAUGCUUUUUUGCCCAGCCAAGGUCUAGGUUUGCAGGUCAGAAGCCUCAAUCACCUUCCAAAUGGCUGUACCAGCAGGCUGGGGGCUUGUAGCAGGAUGCCUUCUUCAAACCCGGCUAGCGGGGCAGGAGGGGAAGUGGUCAUGUGGGCUCGCAAAAACCCAGUUGUUCUCUUCUUUCGAGAGGGACCACCAGAUCCAGUUAUGGCAGUCGGCAAACAGCAUAAAUCUGAAGCCAGGGACAGUAGCCACUAAGAAGGGUUGAGGUGGACAGCUUGUAAUAACAGCAGAUUUCCACCCCUCUCAUUUAGUGAUGUGGGGAUCAGGGAGAAUUGUGAAUGUCAUAAAGCCAAACAUUUAAAACUAAAAAGACAGGAAUGGGCAAAAAAAAAAUCCCCUUUCUUCAAAAGUGCCAAAAGGAAUGUGAAAUGCAAAAUUUCAAACAAUCUUAAACCUCGCAACCAGGUGUUGUGAGGUGUAAGUGCAAAAAAAGCAACAAAAAUAACAUUUACAGUUACUGAAAAGCUCGUGUUACAGGAAUCACACUGUGAAACAGAUGCCAUUGAACUGAAAGGAUUUAUUCAAAUACUGAUUUUUUUGGGAAUGAGCAAAGACCCUCGGUCUGUUUGAAGGCCCCUGUACUUCACCAGCAUUCAACGAAACCAGAUUCUAGAGUCUGCUUUGGGUGCUUAGAGCUGAGAGCUAAAACAACGUUACACCGAUUGGUGCCCUCCCCCGGAAUUUUUGUGCGAAAUUCUAAAUUUAGAGUCUAUUUUGAACCACUUCCGGAUUUUUGCAAAAGUCGUUUAUUACUAGAUAUAAUUCAGUGGUCCAAAGGGCACAUGAAUAUGAUGUGGUUGUUUAAACAGAAGUCCAAUAUUACACAUAAAAACCAAUGUUCCUAUGAAGUCCAUUUUAGCCCCUAAAUCGGCUGUCUUGGGAACCCAGACUCUGCCCUUACUCUAAGCUGUUGUUCCUGUUUGAUAGCUUGUGUGGAUGCCACUUCAAAUGCUUUCAUUAACAACAACAACAACAACAAUAAUAAUAAUAACUUUCAUACUGGAAAAAUCUUUGUCUACUGGGAUAACUGUGUUUGUGGGUUUUUUUUUGAUAGAGCCCAAAAUGUAAUUUGAAGUCAGAUUGCUUGAAUCGGGUGAGUGCUGCUCGAUGUGGACAUGCACACAUAUGUAUCAUACAUAUGUCCUCUACACACUGGCUGUCCUACUCACCUUUGAUUGCCAAUUGUGAUUCCAAAGAGGAAUUCUAAAAGUAAUAUGGAAAGUAUGGCCACAUCCUUGGAAUAGUCAUAGGAUGUCCUACAAGGAUAUACUUUCUAUUUAGAAGUUUGGAUAUUUUUUUAGUAGCAACUAUUAUAGCCAUCUUUAGAAAGAUAAUUGGUAUAGUAUUGCAAUAAUUGAUAUAAUUGCAAGAUGAGACAUAAAUCUGUAGGCACAGGUUGGAGAGAUACCUCAAGCAAACUGAAAAUACUUUCAGAAACUUACAAAAACAAUCUUUUACAAUAAUUCAGAAGCACAAUCUAUGCUUUGUAGAUGCAAAAUUUUUCACACUGUCACUUUGAUUUUUUCUUCCCUUCUCCUGCUUCUCUUUAAUUCAGUAUUCCACAACUUUAGCUGAAUAAUCAUUUUUAAAAGUAUGAAAAUGCACACUAUGUGAAGAUUUUAUUGUGAACUAGCCAGCAUUAUUUUUCUUGUACAGUGUUUUAAGAUGUUUGUUAGUAUGUAAGCCUGUAUGCCAGACAAAUGUACAACAUUACUUUGUAAUCAAAGAUAGAAAUAUAUGGUCUCUGUCUUGAUGAUCAAAGAC